AGUUCAUUUUGAUAGUAUGUAGGUACUACUGAUAAAAUUCCGCUUGAAUAUAAAUAAUUCAAACAUGUGCAAAGCAAAUAUGUGCAUUAAACUUUGUGUUUAAUUAUUUAAAAAUUAAGACAUUGUAAUUGAAAUUAAUUUUACGGUGUAAUAUUGGGACGGAGUUAAAUUAUAAUUCAUAAAUAAAUGCUGAAAUAAUUAUUGAAGAUUAGGUUAAUGCUUUAAAGUUCGGCACUGAAAAAUGUCUUAUCCUGAUGAAAAUAUAGGUAGAAACUAUGAAAGUAUACAUGGAUUUGGUGACCGAGACUCUUCGGUGAGGAGAUCUUUUGAAAAUGGUGGUAUAAAAGCCGGGGCGACUCAUGCAGCCCGGCUCGCGUACCAGGUCCUCUCUCGACGUAAGGUUGCCGAGGAAGGCGCGGCUAGACUGGCAAGAGUCUUGACCGCCUUCGAUCUGACAGCGUUAGGGGUCGGCAGCACUCUAGGAGUCGGAGUGUACGUGCUAGCUGGUGACGUGGCCAAGAACUAUGCCGGACCAGCUGUGGUCAUAUCAUUCUUGCUGGCCGCAGUGGCUAGUGUGUUUGCAGGCUUGUGCUAUGCUGAGUUCGGUGCUCGCGUGCCGAAGGCGGGCUCGGCGUACGUGUACAGCUAUGUGUGCGUGGGCGAGUUCAUAGCUUUCAUAAUCGGAUGGAAUCUCAUACUCGAAUAUAUUAUAGGCGCGGCGUCGGUGGUGAAGGCGCUGAGCGAGUACUUGGACUCGUUGCUGAACAAGGCGAUCUCGUCGCACCUGGAGGCCGCGCUGCCCAUCGACUCGCCGCACCUGGCCGACUACCCCGACGUCUUCGCCUUCUCCGUCAUCAUGGCUUUCUCUGUGGCGCUGUCGUUCGGCGUGAAGGAGUCCACGAAGUUCAACAAUGUGUGCACCGCCAUCAACCUCUGCGUCGUGCUCUUCGUCAUCGUCUCCGGCUCGCUCAAGGCGGACACGAGCAACUGGCGCAUUCCGGAGUCGGAGGUGCCCAAGGACGAGGGGCGGAGCUACGGCACCGGGGGGUUCGCGCCCUACGGACUCGCCGGCAUCAUCCGGGGCGCCGCCGUCUGCUUCUACGGGUUCAUCGGGUUCGACUGCGUGGCGACGGCGGGCGAGGAGGCGCGGCGCCCGCAGCGCAGCAUCCCGGCGGCCGUGGCGGGCUCGCUGCUCGUCGUGUUCCUGGCCUACUGCGGCGUGUCCUGCGUGCUCACGCUCGUGCUGCCCUACUACCUGCAGGACGAAAAAGCGCCAUUCCCGUUUGUAUACGAUCGUCUAGGCUGGCCGUGGGCUAAGUAUGCGGUCAGUGUUGGAGCCAUAUGCGCCCUGUGUUCAAGUUUGAUGGGCGCGGUGUUCCCGUUGCCGCGGAUCAUCUACGCGAUGGCGUCGGACGGGCUGCUGUUCCGGUGGCUGGGCCGCGUCAACGAGAAGUACCAGACGCCGCUCGUCGGGACCAUCACGGCCGGCUUCCUCACCGGUACGUUGGCCAUGAUAUUCAAACUGGAGCAGCUGAUUCACAUGAUGUCCAUCGGCACUUUGCUGGCGUAUUCUAUGGUCGCUUCGUGCGUGUUACUACUUAGAUACGAGGCGAGUCCGCAGCGCGCCGGCGCCGAGCGAGCCGCGCCCUCGCGCCGCACCGCCACCACCGUCACCGUGCUGGUCACGCUCUACGGGAUAUGGUGCUUUUUGAUGAUGUGGUGCGUCAAUAGCUACGGCGACCGGGUCCUGGAGGGGCACGGCGGGUACACGGCGCUGCUGCUGCUGGCCACGGCGCUGGUGGUGGCCACGCUGUGCUGCAUCUCGAGGCAGCCGGUGUCCGAGAAGAAACUCGCUUUUUCCGUGCCGCUGGUGCCGUGGCUGCCCGGCCUCAGCAUAUUGAUCAACGUGUAUCUGAUGUUGAACCUAGACUACAUGACGUGGGUUCGGUUCGGCGUUUGGAUUGUAGCCGGUCUCGUGAUCUACUUCUCCUACGGCAUGUGGAACAGCACUGAACGCCGUCGGACCAUGGAUUCGAUCCAGCUGGCGGAUCAGAUCAUCGACGGCCACACCGCCCUGCUGAACCACUCCGGGCUGACCCACGCGCUGGGCUGACCCGACGCCGAGGGUGACGACGUCGUCAGCCCCAGCAACACCGUCGUGUCCUUUAUAUCUAGUAUCUGAACGUUGGGAGGGUAGGAAACAAUUCGCGCUGUUCUUAAAGGAAAAUGUACCAUUAAAAAUGUGCUAGUUUUAGGUAAGGUAUUGAAACGUUUUCGUUUGGUUUGAGCUCAAGACAUUCAAGAAUUAACAUGUCGAGUUGAAUUUUCUAAAGUUUAAGCUUAGAAAAAUAAAUGAAUACUGAAACAUCAUGUCAUACACUAUCAAGAUAUUACUUAAGUACGGAAUCUCUGAAUUACUGUGUAAUCUCUGGAAUGAAUAAUCUGCUGAUUGACAUUUUAGCUUGAUAGUACUUAAGUGUGAAACUGCCUAUACGGGGGCGGGGGAAGGGGGUAGGAGAGAGGGGGUAGGAGAGAGGGGGUGGGGUACUCUGAUGCCGCAUAUCAACAUCGUUCCCAAAUAUAAAGGGAGGAUCUUCUGCGGACCGUCUGCUGCUCGGUGGACUUUUUGAGUCUGUUAGUUGAGCUCAACGGGACCGAUGAGUGUGAGUACAUUUAACCAGAUAUACAACUCGCUGUCAGUGAACCUUAAACUCAUUAAGAUGAAUAAUAUAGAUGUAGAGUUUCGAAUAAUGAUGUAACAAAGAUCCUUAAACUCAACCAAAACGUUUCAAAUGAAUCUCGGUUCUAUUCAAGUAUUAUUUACAGUCGAAAAUAAAUAUAUCGUAUUGAUCAGCAUUCAUUUGUAGUUGAUAUAGAGUUAUUAGAGCAUUGUUACGUAGAGGAGGCCAGGAUAAUGCAAAAUUUGCAAUUGAAUGCAAAGGAGGCCAGGAUAAUGCAUUUUGACGUGUUUCCGGUUAUUAACAUUAGAUGAAAGUGACGUGUCAGGGAUGUCAUGGACAAGGCCACAGGGUCCCACGCGUGGGAUUGGGCUAUUUGUCUCGUAGGUACUUAAAUGAUAUAUAUCGCUCAGUAUUGUCGCGAGAGGCUGUGGUUGUUUUGAAUUAUGUCGGGUGCAAUGGAACCCAGGGGCUUUUGAUAAAUACAUUUUUUUGUUUUAAUGUUUUUCUUUAAUGUAAUGGGUUAUUAAUAGAAUUAUCAGGAAAACCGACCAUCGGUCGAACUUUGACCUGGGAGAUGCAGGUGCGGUAGUAAUCCCCCGAUUGCUCAGUGUGCUUAGUUAGAGUUUGUUUAACGUUCUCGAUAGCGAAAAAGUUAACUCAAAUCUGUAUGGAGCUAGUACGUUUGUCGCUAGGGGCGCUGUUCCAACUGCUUACGUAUUCGAGUUAACUUUUACGCGAUAGAGAACGUUUAAAACUCGCACUAAGCACACUGAUGUAGCAGAUUUGGAAAUUUCGCUUUUCUAUGUGAAGCUCUGAUUAUCUUUGAGCUCUGAGUUCCUUUACAUCCUGCAUAGUUUUAUUGCUAUUAUAAUUUUUAGUUCCUAUAUCGUGAUUAGGUUAGAAUCGUACGGAUGUGGAUGUCGGUACUGAGGCAGGCGGGUGCGGGGAGUCGUGCGGGGGGGACCCCCGGGGACGCCCCUCCCCCCAGCCACAGAUAUCAUUUUCAGACUCGUUCAUGUUCGAGAAUUUUGAUAUUGAAAAACCGACACCGGACAACCCUACAACCGGAUCAGACCGGAUUAUAAAUCAGUAGGUGAAGGUUAAAAAUAUUGUACAGACAAGCCGGAAAAGAAUCGUUUGGAAACGAAUUACACGCGGUGUACCAAUCAAUUUAAAUAUAUACACACAUACAUACAUACAUGCAUAUACAUAUACCUUACAUAUCGACGCUUGAAAGGCAAACGUGACUAAGCGACAAUAACUGCUUUGUACAUAAAUGAUAGGCAAUAAACAUAAUCGAUGCGCAAAAAAUAUAUAUUUCUAGGUCUAUUAAAAACAUUUCAAUCCUACAGCUACUAGCUAGAUUCUACUACAGCUAGAUUCGUUAAAAUAAAUUUUGUUUUCAGGUAUUUCAACUUUAAAUUAGUCUACUGUAAAAUUCACGCAUUGUCGCUUAGUCACGUUUGCCUUUCAAGCGUCGAUAUAUACAUACAGAUACACAAUGUAACGUAAUAAUAAUUAACUUAGUAUAGUGUCGUCUUGUUAGGAAGGGACAGUUUACUUUGCUUGCAAAUCGUGGGGUCGGCCGAGUGUGGACGCGGCUCGGUCGCGGAUGGUUAAUACCGGGACUCCUAGGUACUUGACCUUCGUGUCCAGGGUGUGGGCUGAGCAAAGAGAGAUCAGGGGCGUGGCGUUCUCUCGCUGUACCCUAAUAUGUAACUUUAAAUAUAAAACGGUGGUAAUAAUUUAAAUAUAUUUUGCAUUUUGGUCGAUUAGCGUCACACGACUAGGACAUUGCCAUGUCCGUCUGCAGCGAGCGCCGGUGUGCGCUGCGACCGGUAGCGCUCAGAGGCAUGACGUCGGAUCUACCUUACACCGAUCUGUAGAUUCUGUAGAUUUUUUUCCGUAUAUUUUCAUAUUUUUUUAUCGAUUAUUUCAAGAAAUACUUACCAAAAUAUUGACGAUGUUUAUAAUACUUUAGGCUAUAUAGAGAACAUACUUUAUUGCACACCAAAACACAAUUAACAUAAAAAAACAGUCAACAAACAGGUACGCUUGUACAAUACGCGGUCUUAUCGCUAAAAGCGAUCUCUUCCAGACAGCCGUUUAAUUACCCGAAAUUAUGGACAGAUAAAGAUACAGCAAGUAUGUUGCGGCGUACUAUUAACAACACAUUAUUAAAGAAAAUACAUAUAAUGAUUAAUAAACUGUAAUGAAUUAAUGAACUGUAAAAAUAAUACUAUAAUGACUGAUAAACUGUAAUGUUAAAUCACAAUUGAUUUGAUUCACAAUUGAUUGCAUUAAAUGCGAGCGAUGAGGGCGGUUUUUACGACUAUAGUGUCCAAAUGUUCACGCGAAGACUUAAACUUAUUGGACGAAAGAUAAACAGACCAGGAGGAGAGACUAUAGGGGGUGUGCUCCCGCCGCGCUACAAUGAUGGUGUCCUCAGACCUCAUGUCGCAAGGCGAGUGGCGGUACCUCAGUGUACACCCGGACUCCGGUAGCCACUUAGCACCGGGUGGGAGGUGAGCUCGCUCACUUGUCGGUGCAAUAUAUAAAAACUGUUGAAACGGUGAAAAUUAUUCUGUAAACAAGACAUAAGUGGGAAGCAAUUUACAAAGCCAACUGGAUCGAAUUUUUCCAAAAUUAUAUAGAAAUAUCAGCGUGAAUCGGGAUCCUGGAUCUAAUUCAUUAUUUUCAUUCAACUUACUACAACACAUUAUUUUACAACAUUAAAAUGAAAUCACUACAUCGCUAUGAAUAACAACUUUCAAUUGUUUUGUUUUUUUUAUUGAAAUCGCUUCCUUGACGCAUAUGUAUUAUAAUAGUGAUCUGAAAAUUGAAAUUAUACUUGUAGUCUUUAACGCAGUAGUGUUUGUAAGACAGCUGUUCUUGUCAUUGCCAAUGGCGAGGACCUGUCAGUGUGGUUGUCAAAAAAUAAAACGAUCAGCUGCAGAUUGCCACCGGCGCCUCGGUUCUGUAAUCCUGGGAGAAAUCAAAUCGUCGAUUGAGGUGCUGGUGUUUCAUUUGCUGCCCGUAUAGUGGAAGACGACCAGGGAUAAUUAUUUGUGCUCAGUGUGAGUUUUUUAACGUUCUCGAUAGCGUAAAAGUUAACUUAAAUUUGUAGGCAUAUGCAACGCUUGCUUACUUUUUUUAGGGGCGCUGUUCCAACUGCUCGCAAAAACUCGCACGAAGCACACAGUACUAUCCACGUACUUUUGUAGCUCACUGUACAUACUGUUCGCUGCAUUUUUCCGGCAUUUUUGGUAUUGGUACCUUAGCUGCAGAGAGUUACGGUCGAAAAAUUAUUAUACGACAGAGCGAGAAAGAGAAAGAAUAUAAUUACUUGUACUGGUUUGAGCAAUGUGUAAUACCAAGACCUGUGUGCUUAGUGCGAGUUUUUUAACGGUCUCGAUAGCGUAAAAGUUAACUCUUAAUUUGUAUCCAGUUGGAUCAGCGCCCCUGGCGGCAAACGUAGGCAAACGUUCCAACUCCAUACAAAUUUGAAUUAACUUUUACGCUAUCGAGAACGUUAAAAAACUCGUACUAAGCACAAUGUAUUCAAAACUGGGUAAAAAAACGCCUAUAUUCUUUUCAAGGGCUUAAACUGUUUCUAUGUAUUUUGAAUUGGUCAAAAUCAGUACAGCGGUAUGGGCGUCAAAACAUAACGUACUGUUAAAAUAAUUGCAUUAGUAUUUAAGAGUAUUAAACGCAUUUUGACAUUCUCUUUGCAUAUUUUGGUACUUUUCCAAUGACAGCACAAGAGCGCAUUAUGCGGCAUAAUGCUCAACGUUGAAUGUUCCAACUACGGACUACAGCAACGCUUCGCAGAAUCGAGCACUCUCAAAAGUAUUGCUCUCGCGUGAUACUCGCAAGCGAUACCGACUCAGUGACACAAAAUUGACAAGUGUUUUUUCUUUAAGUUGGCAUUGAUCGAAAUUUUGUUUAUAUUAUCGUUAGUAAUAUUAUUUAAUGUUGAAAAAAAUUGUAAGGCUUUCGUUCGUCGUAGUUUCUUAGAAAUAAUCAAUGUUAAUUAAAACUGUGCUAACUUAGCGCACUCUGUUGAUGCAUUUGAAAACUAAUUCACGUUCCAAUUAAGCUUCAGCAUAAUUCGGCAUUGUGCGUCACUGAGUCGCAUUAUGCGGCAUUAUGCUCUGUAAUUGGAAAACUACCGUUGGGUAUCAAAGGUUGCGAAAAUUUCAGACUUUUUGAUUCUCUGUAACACCUACACUCACACUAAGUUAAUAAUUAAGGCUAAUAUUAUUAAAGAAAAAAUGUUCCGUUUGUUAUCAUUUAUAGAAAUUAAGUUGCAGUAUUUAUUUGUUUAAUGAUAAAAUAAAGUUACGCUUUUA